AUGGCGCCCAAGGCGGAGAAGAAGCCGGCGGAGAAGAAGCCCGCAGCGGAGGAGAAGAAGGCAGCGGCAGCGGCAGCGGAGAAGGCUCCGGCGGAGAAGAAGCCCAAGGCGGAGAAGAAGCUCCCCUCCAAGGAUGCCUCGGCGGCUUCCGGCGACAAGAAGAAGAAGAAGAAGAUGAAGAAGGGGAGCGAGACUUACAAGAUCUACAUCUUCAAGGUGCUGAAGCAGGUCCACCCCGACAUCGGGAUCUCCAGCAAGGCCAUGGGGAUCAUGAACAGCUUCAUCAACGACAUCUUCGAGAAGCUCGCUCAGGAGGCCUCCCGUCUCGCCCGGUACAACAAGAAGCCCACCAUCACCUCCCGGGAGAUUCAGACCUCCGUUCGCCUCGUCCUCCCCGGGGAGCUCGCCAAGCACGCCGUCUCCGAGGGCACCAAGGCCGUGACCAAGUUCACCAGCUCUUGA